GUACACUCUCGUUCAAAUUAAUCCAAUUUUAGUACGAAUCCCGUAAAAUAAGUGAAAAAAGUGUCGUGAACGUGAAAAAGGAUACCUAGAUAACAUGGGAAAAAGAAGAAGACGUCGUUCGGACGAUAUCAGACGAAAAAUAAAACGGCUUAAACGUAGCCUAGACCGCCGCCAUCAAUAUAGUGAAGACGAAGUGUCCGAAUACGACUCUGCGGAAGAAACGUAUCCUUCUGACUACGAAGCAGUAUCAGAAGCCUCGGCAUCGGACUAUUCCAACACAGAAGAGCUCAAGUCAGUAAUAGUACCGGUAGAAACACCUGAUCCGAAUUCGGCCCCGGCUUUAUCGACCGAGUCACCCCCCACCUCGGGCUCCGCCGCGGGCCCGAGCACCUCAAUCCCGGAGGCGCCGCCGGUAACGCUGCCAGAUAAUAUUUUGGAAGCUCUGGGUGGAACAAAAGAGAAAGAGGAGAAAUUUGGCCCGAACGUCCCAGAUGAGAUCGCUAAACGUUGGGGUCGGAUAACAGUUGAGGGUUUAGGUAAAGAGGAAAAGGAGGAACUUACAGAAAAGUUUUUAGUUCCCGAAAAUUUCAAGCUACUCAAGGCUCCUAAACUGAACGCUGAAAUCGCAACUGUGAUGUCUGAGUCUUCUAGACAAAGAGACAAAAGGAUGGAAAAGUCCCAAAACCAGUUAGGACUGGCUAUUGCAGGUUUAUCCAAGCUAACAGGUUCCUUAAUCUCAGAAAACUUAGAUAAACUGGCUAUCAUAAAACAUAUCGCCGAUAUCCUAUACCUCCAAUCCCCCUCCUACGUCGAAGAAAUAUACCCCGCGCCAGGGAAACUGGAGGGCCCCACCCAGGCAACAGGGUUCGCGAGCAAACAAGCUGGGUGGGUACCGCGACCGCGACCGGACUCGUGCUCCUCAGCAUCCUCGGCGGACGACCUCGGACAAGUACCAACAAUCAUCGUACAAGAGAGACAACCGGCAGCAACGCAAACAUCAUUAGAGGACCUACCACCCACUCUGGAGGAAACUUACCCUGGUGGCGACGCGAUUAUCAGGAAAGCAUUUUCUAAGCAGGCAUUGACGCCGCAAACUAUUGAUAUAAUGAUUUCCUCAUUGUCUACAAACUCCUUAAAACAAUAUAAUUGUGUCUUGUAUAAGUGGUGGCUGUAUUGUAAAGAGAAUAAGUUUGAUUGUUUCUCAGUCAACACAUCUGUAGUAUUAAAUUUCUUGACUGAGCAAUAUCAGCAGGGUUCUAGCUAUUCAAGUUUAAAUACCUCUCGAUCAGCUUUAUCUUUAAUUUUAGGAGAAUCAAUUGGUAAAGAUAAACAUGUGAGUAGAUUUCUAAAGGGAGUCUAUAAGAUAAGGCCAUGUUUUCCAAAGUAUCAAACAACCUGGGACCCAAAUAUAGUGUUAAAUCAUUUAAGCACUUUAUAUCCAAAUGAGAUUAUAAGCCUUGAUUUGUUAACACGAAAAACCGUAACUCUGCUCGCAUUGUCGACUGCACAACGAGUACAGACGUUAUCUUUGAUUAAGAUUUAUAAUGUACAAAUCAAUGAAGAUAAUAUUAAGUUAAUUAUUGACGAUUUAAUAAAAACGUCGGCACCCGGGAGGCCAAUGCCACGCCUCAUUAUACCGUUUUUUCCCGAUAAAAUUGAAAUUUGUCCAGCCAGGACAUUAAUGGCAUAUAUAGAUAUAACUCAAAUCCCUAGAAACACUGCCAAUACAGAACGACUCUUUUUAACAAUAAAAAAGCCUUUUCAUAACGCUAGUUCUAGUACAAUUAGCCGCUGGAUAAAACAGACGUUGUCUGACAGUGGCGUUAAUACAGACUUGUUCUGUGCACACAGCACUAGGCACGCCGCUACCUCAGCGGCUAAACGCAAAGGUUUAUCAAUAGAGAUAAUAAAGAAAACAGCAGGCUGGUCCGGUAAUUCAUUAGUAUUCUCAAAAUUUUACAAUAGACCCCUAACAGCCGACACUAGUGUCGACAAUGCCUUUGCUGAAGCAGUUUAUAACAUCUGA